GGUGUAUUCCCGGCAUUCUUUCGAUUUCGAUAAUUCAGUUCCUCAGAUCUCCAGGCGAGUAGGCGGUGCAACCAUCGGACAAAACGUCGACGGUGUUUCCAUUGUUUAACGUGUAGUUCCAAGUUCUUAGCCUUAUGUGUUUUGUGUGCCUACUGGUGUUUUGUGGGUGAUCUUGUCCAAUCCUGUUAAUUUGUUGCUGUCAUCUUUUGUAUUGUGAUUUUCGCCGUCACAAUUUUGGAGUUCGGUUUUAUUAACUUUUAUUAGGUUUUUCAAACGAAAGUGUCCAUCUAGUCUAACUUUGUGAUAGACCUGCCAAGUACCUCAGCUAAGUACGUUUAUAUUAUAGUUGCCCAUUAAGUGCUGAAACCUUAUUCCUAAAUAAUUAUGGAUGCAGAAUUUGAUGGUUCCAAAGAUGAGGAACGGGCUUAUUAUUUAUCUGUCCUCUCAACAUUUAAAAGCUACAGAGAGCAGUCGCUACUCAGAAUACAUAAUAGGGAGAGGACACUCGAGUCAUUGCCAGCAAGACACCGGAAAUGGUUAGGAAAGUAUAAAGAAGAUUUGGAAGAUAUAAAAAAAUGUAUAGAAGUAAAUGCAAAAAUCAUUCCUCUGGUGUUGAGGGAGUCGCAUGCAAUUUUUGAAAAUGUAUGCUCGAAUGAGAAUCCUUCACAUUCAGAAUCUGAAGUAGGAACUCUGUCUGAGGGACUAGACAAGACGAGAUAUGUGAUCUGUCGGGACGAUGCGAUUCUACGGCGACUUUCAUACGCCGAACCCUGCCUUGCGUCUGACAACAUCGUCGGCAGGCACGUUAUAGUAGCGCGUAUGACGUGUUACUGGACUGGAACGUUGCCAGAUGGUCGACACUUAGGGCAGGGAAGAAACUAGCGAUAGCGUUAUCAAAUGGAUGGGGACUAUGGAGUACAAAUAGUAUUCAAGCAACUAAUGCGAGACUGGAGCUCAUUGGGCGCGGCGGAACGGACACAGUGUUAUGGUCCCAUCCUGCACGAAAUAUUCACCCACUAUCCAGAAGAUAAAUGUAACCGCGGCGAAAUCAAUGUACUAGUACCUGGGGCAGGUCUUGGAAGACUAGCCUUUGAGAUUGCUGCUAAUGGCUUCUCAUGCCAAGGCAAUGAAUUUAACCUCUUCAUGCUUAUAGUGUCUUAUUUCAUAUUGAACCUGUGCAAGAAGGUGGAUGAACACGAGAUAUAUCCGUGGAUUCACCAGUAUUCAAACAAUGUUGAAGCUGAAGACCAGAUGAUUAGUGCAAGGGUGCCAGAUGUGAUGCCUGAAGUUGCCCCAGAAUGUAAAUUCUCAAUGGUAGCUGGUGAUUUCUUGGAAGUUUAUAAGAUAAGUGAUGAAUGGGAUUGCGUAGCAACAUGUUUUUUCAUAGACUGUGCUCCAAAUGUGGUGCAGUUCAUAGAGACAAUCUUCACAAUACUCAAGCCUGGUGGUUUAUGGGUGAACCUAGGGCCACUUCUUUAUCAUUAUGCUGAUAUGAAAAAUCAAGACAGUAUUGAACCCAGUUUUCAAGUAGUUGAAAAAGUGAUACAGAAAGUUGGAUUUGUAAUGGAAAAAUGCGAGACAAACGUGAAGACGAAGUACUGCCAAAAUCCGAAAUCCAUGUUGCAAUAUGAGUAUGAUAGCGUCUUUUUCGUAUGUAGGAAACCACUGUCGAAUGGUACGGAUCAGAGUGAAGGAGAGAUAGAGUCUGACAGAGAUGCUAUGAGCAUCGAACCGUGAAAAAUGGAAAUUCUUUGAAAUUACCCUUUUUUCAUUCAACGUUUGUUACGAAAUACUCUGUAGGUACUAAGUUGUGAAACUUUGCGCGAUAAUUAAUUUGAUGAAUUCAAAUAUAUUUAUUUUGUUUAAGAAUUAUGUUUCCUUUUUCAAUCAUCGAGGUGCCUGUUUGUUUAAGUUUUAUACUUCCAUGAAAAUAAACCUUUUAAAAAACUAUUAUUUACUUUUAUUGUUUAUCUUGUCUGGUCAGUUCUAGGAAAAUGUUAGUGGAUGCUUGUAUUCUUAGGUAAUGGAAUAAAUAGGCUAGUUGACGCUUUUUUAAGUAGGUUUUAAAUAGUUAAUAUUUGUUCUACUACACCAAAAAAAUUAAUAUACUUCUUUCAGACCUAAGAUAUCAUAAAACUUUAAUCAUGUCCGCCAUGUUUGGUCCAUGUUAAUGUUCUUAGACGUCAUAAAAUUUGUAAUCAGCAGCAUAACCUCACAC